AUGGCCAAAGACGAGGAUAAAGCUCCGGUUAUGGAGAUAACAGAAGCAUUAGAUUUAUACAAUUUAACAAACAAGUCUGAAAGCGACGAAGAUUUUGAUUCAGACUCAGAUUCAGAUAGUGACUCAAGUGAUGGUGAAGUUGUUACAAAUGCGGUCAAUAAUACUGAGUCCGUUAACACGUUGAAUGACAAAGUUGCAAUUGUCACAAAAUAUGCAGAUAGAAUCAAGCUUGAUGAUAUAGGGAAGAAAGGACCGAAAAUUACUAAAGACAGAGCAAAUAGGGCUACAGUCGAACAAGUCUUAGAUCCAAGAACCAUGAGAUUUUUAACAAAACUUAUUAAUAAAGGAGUAAUAAAUGGUAUUAAUGGAUGUAUUAGCACUGGGAAAGAAGCCAAUGUUUAUCAAGCGGAUCACGAAGGAAACGACGGUACUAAGAGAGAAUUUGCUGUAAAGAUUUUCAAGACCUCCAUCUUGGUUUUUAAAGACAGAGAACGGUAUGUUGAUGGUGAAUUUAGAUUUAGAAACCUGAAAAAUCAGAGUAACCCUAGAAAAAUGGUCAAAUUAUGGGCUGAAAAGGAAUUUAGAAAUCUUAAACGUAUUUUCUUGAGUGGAAUACCUUGUCCUGAACCCAUUGAUUUGAGAUCGCAUGUGUUGGUGAUGGAAUUUUUAACAAAAGGAAAUGGUCAGCCAUCACCUAAAUUAAGAGAUCACCCAUUUAGAGAUAUUGAUGAAAUUGUUCACUACUACCAUCAAAUGCUUUUCUAUAUGAGACGUAUGUAUCGUGAUUGUCGUUUAGUUCAUGCUGAUUUGAGUGAAUACAAUUCCAUUGUACACAACGACAAGUUGUAUAUUAUCGAUGUUUCUCAGUCUGUUGAACCUGAACAUCCCAUGUCAUUAGAUUUCUUGCGGAUGGAUAUUAAGAACGUGAAUGAUUUCUUUUCCAAAAAGAAGAUCAAUGUUUAUCCAGAGAGGUUGAUUUUUAAGUACAUUACAGAAAGCAACGAGAAGCUCAAUAUAGUAGAUAAUACUGAUGAGUCAUUAUCAAAGUAUCUUGAGACAUUACCAUUAAAGGGAGAUGAUGAAGAUAACGAAGACGAAGUUCAAGACGAAAUUUUCAGAUCAUUACAUUUAGUUCGACUGUUGAAUGCUCUUGAUGAACGUGAUUUCCAGAAAUUCAGAGAGGGGAAGCUUGAUACCUUAACAGAUCUUGUUCCUGAAAAGCGUUCUCGUCGCAUACCGAAAACUAUAGAUGGAGCAUUGGCAGAGGAGGCAGAAGAUGACACUGAUGAAGAUGAGGGAUCAGAAACAGGUUCGGAUGAAGAUUCAGAUGAGGAUUCUGACGAUGACGAAGAUAAUGAUGACGAAGAGGACGACGACGAAGAUGAAGAAACUGAUCCUGAAAGUGGAGAGGAAAAGAAGAAACGUCCCAAGAAGAACGCGGUGUUAAAGGGAAAGAAAUACGAAGAGAAGGAAGACAAGAAGAAGAGAAAGGAGAGUGCAAAAUUGGCUAAGCAGGAAAAGAGAAAGACAAAGAUGAAGAAAAAUCUCAAGAAGAAAUUGGUUAACAAGAGAAAGAGUACUAAAUAG